AUGGACCCGACGAUGGACAAAGACCUGGAGAAAACCGCAGAGGCCAUGGCCAAUUCUACCUCUAAUCAUGCCUUGAUUGUGCGGAGCGAGGACCAGGUUGGCGGAAUCGGUGGUGACAACGCCUCUAUAUCUCAAGCUGUCAAUCCAAUGGACCCAUCGCAGUUUCCUGAAGGAGGACCCAAGGCAUGGACGGUCGUGUUUGGAGCUGCAUGUGGCAUUUUUGUCAGUUUCGGCUGGAUCAAUUGCAUUGGUGUCUUCCAGGAGUACUAUGAAGCGCACCAACUCAAAGACUAUUCGUCGCAGGAAAUAGCAUGGAUCCCGUCUCUCGAGGCGUUUAUGAUGUUUGUCGGUGGCCUCUGGGUUGGCAGAGUAUAUGACAACUACGGCCCUCGCAUCCUCCUUCUCCUCGGCACAUUCUUGCACGUCUUCGGCCUGAUGAUGGCCUCCAUUUCCCACAAAUACUAUCAAUUCUUGCUAUCCCAAGGCGUGUGCUCCGCGUUGGGGGCCUCGAUGAUCUUUUACCCAUCCAUGUCCUGCGUUGUAACAUGGUUUUUCCGCCGCCGCUCCCUUGCAUUGGGCAUCGCGGCCACAGGGUCGAGUAUCGGCGGUGUGAUAUUCCCUGUCAUGGUUGAAAAAUUGAUCCCCGAGGUGGGAUUUGGCUGGACUAUGCGCAUCUGCGCCUUUUUGAUUCUGGGGCUGAUGGUCCUGGGCAAUCUGACUCUCGUCAGUCGCAUCCCACCCAUGGCGAGGCCGGUCAAGCCCAUGGAUUUUGUCAAACCGUUUAUGGAGGGGAAUUUUGCAUUAUUGGCGCUGGGGAGCUUCCUGACUUUCUUGGGCCUCUUCCUCCCUUUCACCUUCAUCAUCCUUGCCGCCCGUGCCCGGGGCGUCCCGAACUCUCUCGCCAAAUAUCUGGUCGCGAUCCUCAACGCCGCCAGCACAUUCGGACGUACAAUACCUCCGUUCUUCGCCGACCGGCUGGGCCGCUUCACGGUGUUCCUAUCAAUGUCACUCCUCUCAUUCCUCAUAAUCCUCUGCCUCUGGGUCCCUUCUUCCGGCACGGCUGCCACCGUCGUCUUUUGCGCCAUCUUCGGAUUCAGCUCUGGGGCAACGGCCAGUAUCUUGCCGAGCUGCGUGGCGCAGAUAAGCCAUAUCAGCCAGAUUGGUGUGCGGACGGGGUGUUUGUUCAGCGUGGUUGCGGUGGCGGUGUUGAUCGGAUCUCCCAUUGGAGGCCAGUUGAUUUCAAACGAUGGAUACCGGAGUAUGCAGGGAUUUAGCGGCGCUUUGAUGGGAGGUGGCUUUGUCGUUUAUGCCCUGCUUUGGCUUAAGCUGGGCGGCUUGAAGGGCAAAAAGGUAUAG